CACCUGAAUGCAGCACUGCAGCGCCCCCUGAUGGAGACCAUGGCUACGUUCAGGGUGUGCUGGGAAAGGGAAACUGAAAGAAAAGCACAGAUCGUCGACAGGAGGUUACUUUCACCAUGUCUUCAGAUGAGGAUUUCUCUUUGGUGGAGCAGAUCCCUGAGCCAUCUGAGGACACCUUGGAGGGAAUCAAAGCUUUAAUCGACAACUACAAGACAAAAUAUGAACAUCUGGUUGAGGAGCAGAAGGAAUUGGCUGCAUGCAUAGACGACCGGCGGGACCUUACUAAGCAGUUUAAACAGCGCAGCGAGAAACUGACCCAGUCUCUGAAAGAGGAGGAGCGCUCCAACAAAGCACAGAUUGAAAAUGAGAAGGCUCGGCUGGAAUUGAUAAAAGAGGAGGAGCGCGAACUGAUGCUGGAGAUCAAGAAAGUGGAGGCAGCCCUGGAGGAGGAAGAGGCCAGAAACAACCAUCUGGAACAGCAGAAUGAAGUGUUCACUGCUGUACCAGAGAAGACGGUUGUGUUCAUGGGCGAGACGGGAAAGGCAACCGACACACAAACAUUUGAAAUGAACCCACAUAUAGUUUACCCUAUGGAAGGGGGGACGGCACUGGUUACAUUUGAGGAAGAAGUAGUGGCCAAGAAGAUCCUGACCAUGAAGAAGCACCAUGUGAAUCUGUCAGAGGACUGCAUCAUCACCGUGGAGGCCAGACCAGUUCAGCUGAUGGUGCCCAACUUGGUGGAGAUUGACUCAGAGGUGUGUCCUCAGCGCAUUUUAAUCUCCAACCUGCCUAAGAUGGACUUUGACAUUCUGCUGAGCAAGCUGGAGAUCCAUUUCUCUAAGAGAAAAAAUGGCGGCGGCGAGGUGGAGGACUGUGAAUUGCUCCCUGACUCUGGGACUGUGGUUCUCACCUUUGUGGAGAAUAAAUUUGCCAGAGGUUUGACAGAAAAGGAGUAUCAUGAAGUGCAGCUACAAGAAAAGAAGCACACAGUGAGGGUGACUCCUUUUCUGAACGGAAAGAUUACAAACUUACGGACCAAGAUGUCGGUGUGUCCUCGGACGGUGCUGCUGACGGGAAUCCCUGCCGUCAUGGAGCGAGAGACUCUGCAGGAUCUGCUGGAAAUCCACUUCCAGAAAAGCAGCAAUGGUGGAGGAGAGAUCGAAGCCCUCCUCUUCAACCCCCUGGGGCAGCACACCUCGGCACUGUUUGAGGGGGUCUCCCAAAACGGAUAGGAGAAGUAAGCUCUAUGCUCCCAAAAAAAACCUGGAUGAGAUCACCUACAAGAUUUAAGGACGUGAUCCACCCAGCUACAAAAUCUGUUUUAUUCUUAUAUUUUGUUACCUUUUGUCAGUAUAAUUCAGCACAAAGCUAUGAACUUAAUGUUUUGGGACGUUUUAUUUUCUAGAAGAAAACCUCUGAUGCCCAUCAUUACUGUUGAUCAAUUCUGAGAAUCAUGCUAUAUUCAUAGAUGUAUAAAGUAUUUAACCUGGGUAUUUUCUGUGUAGCUAUUUAAAAAUAUAAAUCAUUAGCAUCAACGGCAACAAAUAGUGUGUAAUUACAAUAAUGCAUUAAGUUCGAUAAUCAAGUAUCUGUUAUUUGGGCCUGUAAAUCCUUGACAAAACUGUUUCCAAUUGUAAAAUAUAAAAAUGUAAAUGUCUGCUGUAACACAUUACUUUGUUUAUUUUGGCUCAGUUAAAUUGGUGCAAAAUAAUUAAAUGAAACAUGUUUUAUUUUAUACAGCAAUCUUGGGAAUAGUUUGACAUUUUGGGAAAUGGUUUAUUUACUUUCUCAUGGAGAGUUCAGUCGGUUCAAUACACUGAGACUACAGCUAGCAGCAGGUUAGCUUAGCACAAAUGGAAAGAGGUUAACGGCUAGUUCUGUUCAAAGGGUAACAAAAUCAUCUUUACAGCACCUCUAAAGCUCACUGAAUCACACGUAAUAUAUAAUUUGUUUAAGGAUCAUUUCUUGGCUGGACGUUGAGUCUUCAGAAGGGCACAGUGCCCUACCAACAAAUAUUGCAGUGCAAAGCCUAGUCUUGCCAUAGACUAGAGGGUGAAUGUGCAUAUCCCAAAAUGUCAAACUGUUCCUUUUUAGAGGUCAACAUAGUCUUGAAAGAUUUUAAUUUGAGAUAAAAAUCCAAAUUUUGCAAAUAAAUAUACUGCUGAGGUUUUUUAAAGUAGGAGACGGGCCUCCGCGGGGGGGCACCAAACAGUUUCAGGGAAGGCUAAAUGAAUUGAUGUGAAAAAAUAUUAGAUCAAAAGUUAUUAAAAGGAGAUCACAUAGAAGUCUAAAUGUGUGUGAUUUGAUUAAAGGGAUAGUUCAUAAA